GCUCCUCCUCCCACACAACCGCCUCUUCAUCCAUCUUCCCUUCCAAACCCGCCCAUUCUUCCUUUUGUGCCUCCGUGUGCAACCGACCCUUCCUUGUCUCCCCCAGCUCCUUGGCUCUUCGCGCGAUCGGGCUUCGCAAGUCUCCCAGGCGUCACGGAAUUUCCGGCAAUUUUUGGCAUCGCGAGAUCCCUUUUCUCUCCUCUCUCUUUUGGGCCCUCUUUAUACCACCCGCGCCUUCGCCGCCGCCGCCGCCGCGCCGCCCCCCCUCCCACUACUCCCACGGUCCUUCCCUCUCCUGGCCCCCCAGGCCGCCGUCGUUGGAAAAAACCCCCGCGUCUCCGCCGAAACCAGUUUUACUUGUCGACACGUGCGCCUUUCCUCGACCUUCUUCGUCGACUCGCUUGCCUCAGACUUCUUUUCCUUGAAGCCGCAUGACGACUCUCUUCUAAUACUGCCACCAUGUCGAGCUCAGAGAUAAACCAGGUGCUCGCGAAUUCGCUGUCGCCCGAUGCGAACCUGCGAAACGCCGCCGAACAGCAACUCACCCAAGCCGCGGAGAGCAACUUUCCCCUAUACCUCGCAACUCUCGUCCAAGAACUUGCAAACGACUCUGCCGAUGGUUCCAUCCGAGCCGCUGCCGGUAUUGCCCUCAAGAACGCCUUCACAGCCCGAGACUCGGCUCGUCUGCUAGAGCUGCAGUCAAAAUGGCUGCAACAAACAGACGACGAGACCAAGGCCCAGGUUAAGCAGCUUACCCUGCAGACACUGAGCUCCACCAACAUCCAAGCCGGUACUGCCGCUGCCCAGGUCAUCUCCUCCAUCGCCGUCAUCGAGCUUCCCCGUAACCAGUGGUCCGACCUUCUGCCCUUCCUUGUCAAGAACGUCAGCGAGGGCGCCGAUCACCAGAAGCAGACCUCUUUGACCACCAUCGGUUACAUCUGCGAGAGCCAAGACUCAGAGCUGCGCCUUGCUCUCGUUGCACACUCGAAUGCUAUCCUGACCGCUGUUGUUCAGGGUGCUCGAAAGGAGGAGACCAACCUCGAGGUCCGCCUCGCUGCCAUCACCGCUCUCGGUGACUCGCUCGAGUUUGUCGGAAAUAACUUCAAGCAUGAGGGCGAGCGCAACUACAUCAUGCAGGUCGUCUGCGAGGCUACCCAGGCCGAUGACUCCCGGAUACAGCAGGGCGCCUUUGGCUGCCUGAACCGAAUCAUGGCUCUUUACUACGAGAACAUGCGCUUCUACAUGGAGAAGGCUCUGUUCGGUCUUACCAUCUUGGGCAUGAAGUCCACCGAUGAGGAUGUUGCCAAGCUGGCCGUCGAGUUUUGGAGUACCGUUUGCGAGGAGGAGAUCUCCAUCGAGGACGACAACGCUCAGGUCGAGAGCUCGGACCAGAUGCGCCCCUUCUACAACUUCGCACGCGUUGCCGCUAAUGAGGUGGUUCCCGUGCUGUUGCUGCUCCUGACCAAGCAGGAUGAGGACGCUACGGACGACGAGUACAACCUCUCUCGCGCCUCUUACCAGUGCCUGCAGCUGUACGCCCAGGCCGUUGGUGCGACCAUCAUCACCCCUGUUCUCCAGUUCGUUGAGGGUAACCUCCGAUCUGAGGACUGGCACAACCGAGAUGCCGCCGUUUCUGCUUUCGGCGCCAUCAUGGAGGGUCCGGAUGAGAAGGUCUUGGACCCUAUUGUCAAGCAGGCUCUCCCUAUUCUGAUCACCAUGAUGGAUGAUCAGUCCCUCCACGUCCGAGAUUCGACCGCCUAUGCCUUGGGCCGCAUCACUGAGGCCUGCUCCGAGGCUAUCGACCCCGAGACUCAUCUCCCCACUCUCAUUGAGUCCCUCUUCAAGGGUCUCCUCAGCAACGCCAAGAUGGCUCCUUCUUGCUGCUGGGCCCUGAUGAACCUGGCUGAGCGUUUCGCCGGUGACUUCGGUGCCACCACCAACUCCAUCACUCCUCACUUCAACCAGGCCGUCAGCUCUUUGCUCGAUGUUACUGCUCGCACAGAUGCCGAUACUUCCGUGAGAACUGCUUCCUACGAGGUGCUCAACGUCUUUGUGCAGAACGCUGCUUCCGAGAGCCUGCAGCCCAUUGCUUCGCUGUCAGAUGUUAUCAUCAAGCGUCUGGAGGAGACUGUCCCCAUGCAGAGCCAGGUCGUCAGCGUUGAAGAUAAGAUCACCCUCGAGGAGAUGCAGAACAGCCUGUGCACUGUUCUUCAGGCCAUCAUCUCUCGCCUGGAUAAGGAGAUCAUUCCCCAAGGCGACCGUAUCAUGCAGAUUCUUCUUCAGAUUCUCAGCAGCGUCGGUGGCAAGUCUAGCGUUCCUGACGCUAUCUUCGCUACCAUCAGCAGCCUCUCCACCUCAAUGGAGGAGGACUUCGUCAAGUACAUGGAUGCCUUUGCGCCCUUCCUGUACAACGCCCUGGGCAACCAGGAGGAGCCCAGUCUCUGCUCCAUGGCUAUUGGUCUGGUCAGCGACAUCACCCGGUCUCUGGGCGAGCGAAGCCAGCCUUACUGCGACAACUUCAUGAACUACCUCCUGAACAACUUGAGGAGCACUACUCUGGCUAACCAGUUCAAGCCUGCUAUUCUGCAGUGCUUCGGCGACAUUGCUGGCGCCAUUGGUGGCCACUUUGAGACCUACCUGUCCGUUGUGGCCCAGGUCCUCGAGCAGGCUUCUACCGUCACUGCUACCCCUGAGGGUCCCUACGAGAUGUACGAUUACGUCGUCUCACUGCGCGAGGGUAUCAUGGAUGCUUGGGGCGGCAUUAUUGGUGCCAUGAAGGCUAGCCAGAAGACCCAAGCUCUCCAACAAUACGUGCCCGCUGUUUUCCAGCUCCUUGGCCUCAUUGCCAACGACCAGAACCGCAGCGAGUCUCUCAUGCGCGCCUCUAUGGGUGUCAUCGGUGAUCUUGCCGAUGCCUACCCCAACGGCGAGCUUGUUGACGCUUUCCGUCAGGACUGGCUCACCACCAUGAUCAAGGAGACCAAGACCAACCGCGAGUUCCAGCCCCGAACUGUUGAGACGGCUCGAUGGGCUCGCGAGCAGGUUAAGCGCCAGCUUGGCGGUAGCCAGACCGUUAUGGCCCAGAACUGAAUGUUGUCG